UUUGUGUCGCACUUUUGACAAUAGUCUGAUGUUGGUAUCAGAAGUUGUUUAAGGAAUGGUGGGGUGUGUGAUGCAGUAUGUGUUUUGGGGCCAUACAUAGCCAUCACCGACAAUUUGACAUCUGACAGAGUGAUUGUGAUAUUAUUUACAUAUCUAAUGGCAGGGAAUACAUUCCAAGGACGACACUCUCGCCAGCCAAGCAAAAACACGCUUCUGAAAGUAGUUAUACUUGGUGAUGGAGGAGUUGGAAAGUCGUGUCUUAUGAAUAGAUUUGUUAGCAAUCAUUUUGAUGAACAUUCUUUCCAUACAAUUGGAGUCGAAUUUCUUAAUAAGGAUAUAGAAAUAAGUGGAGAAAUGUACACAUUACAGAUAUGGGAUACUGCUGGUCAGGAGAGAUUUAAAAGCCUCCGUACCCCAUUUUAUCGUGGCUCUGACAUUUGUCUUCUGACCUAUGCAGUCGAUGAUCGAGCCAGCUUCCAAAACUUGGCAAUGUGGCGUAAUGAGUUUUUAUAUUAUGCUGACGUGAAAGAAGGUACAGCAUUUCCAUUUUUGGUCGUUGGGAACAAAGUGGAUAUGGGUAAUGAGCAACGUGAAGUUACUACAGAAGAAGCACGUGCUUGGUGUUUGGAAAACGGUAAUCUACCACAUGUAGAAACUAGUGCUAAAGAUGCAACAAAUGUACAAGAAGCAUUUUCAUUAGCUGUUGAGAGUUGGGCACAGCUAGAAGCCAAACUGGAUCGUCCGUAUAUUGGGGAAACAGUGGAUCUUAGAAGGCAACAACCAGAACAGAGGUCAUCUUGCUGUUUGUACGUUGCAGGAAACAAUGAGUAGCUGUAAAUGGCCUGCAGCUACAACAGUUCCAUACCUAGUCAGUACAUUGCACUUAGCAUUUAUUUAAAUGGUUAUAGCUUUGUUUUUCUGUUGAAUGUAUGUUACUUGUCCACCAAAGUGUUUAUUUGCAUCAGUAUUAAGCAUUGUUGACAGUGUUCAUAGAAGAACAGUCUGUGUAUCAUAAUUAUAUUAUUUAUGUUGUAUCUGUUCCGAAGUUUUGUUUGAAGGCAAUGAUAAGUUUGCUUGGUGAUUGAAAAUGACAAAUAUCAAAUGAAAAUAUUGUUUUAUAGUGUAAAUGUAAUUUGAAAACUAUUUUAGAAAAAAAUAUAUAAUAUGAUGCUAUCCUGGGCAAUUGAAAGGAACUGGUAAGGUGUGAUUUGUGAACAUAUAUUUGGAAAUGUAAAAUUUCUAAAUGUAGGGUCAUGCCCAUUUUACAUGUGGUAAUGGUAACAUGAAAAAAGAAAAAUCAAAUGGCAGCUUGUCUCCUGUAGUGACUCAUUUAAGUAUGAAAGGAAAUAGGAAUGAGAGAGAUACUUAAGCAAUUAAUGUUAAAUAUUAUACCAAUGAAAUUCACCAAACUCAUAUCUACAGUAAAUGCUUGAAGCGAAAUUUUAAAAUUAGAGUAAUUUAAAAUAAUGUUUUUGUGCAUAUUUAAAUGGAUGUUGGACCAAGAACUGGUUGGCUUUAUUUUUUACUACAUGAUAAUGCUGUUGUAUUUUUUUCAAAUGCUGCUUAUUUUGAAAUGUGAGACUUAACUGAUGUGAAAGUGCAUGCAACAGUACUGUAAAAUAAUGUUGAUGUUUAAAAAGGCUGAAAUGUUCCAAUAUCUAACUAAUUUUUUAAGGCAAAGACAUAUUUUAUCACUGCAGUGUAUCAUUUAAAUGGCUUUUGAUAAAGUAUUGUAGAUGUAAGUGUUUACUGAACUUGCAUAUUUCUCUUAUAUAUGUACAUUAAUCUUUGUAAAAUGGUAGUUACUUAUUGAAUACAAUAUUACGCUUUAUAGACAUUUAUUGAACUGCCACAGUACAAUAUUCAUUUCUCACUAUUAGCAAGUAAAAAAUAACUCCUUAAAAUUACCAUUACAUAUAUGAGAAUUUGCAGUUGUAGUUUUUGUGAGUAAGAACAUCAUAUUCAUGCUGCAAAGAUAAGUCGUACAGUAUUAGUUCCUUAUAAUGGCAGUGAUGUUAUUAAGUUGCAUAUACAGGAGUACAAGUGAUUUACUUUCUACUCUUAAUUGUGGUUUGACAAUUUCAUCAGUCCAGUUAUUUUAGUUUUGUGUCAUGUACUAUACAAACUUCCACUAUUUUCUGAAAUGUGAAUUUGAAUUAUACUGCUAUCACAUUACACAAAUAUUGAAAAUAACAAGCUAUUUACUGUCUCAGCAUACUGAUAUUAGAUUUUUUUAAAGCAGUAAACUACUUCUCUAUUUUAUUCAAUCUAUUGUCUAAUUCAGGUUAUUAACUAAUUCUUCUUUCUCAUGCUAUUAGGAUUUCUGUUGACUAUGCAGAGACUUUACAAUGGAGACUUAAAAUUUUGACAUUCAUUGUUAUACAAAAUGUGAUUUGAUUUUUUGUUGUUUGUGUAUUCCAAGAGAUAUGUUGGGAGGAUUAAGAAAAAUUGGUGACCAUAGCAUUAUAAUUUUGUCAUUAUUGCCUUCUAUUGAAACUUUACAUCAGCAAAGAAUCCACUCCAGUGCCUUGUAACUUUUGUUUACACACACUUAUUAUUACUUAAUUUUAAGAGUUUCUUUGCUGAUGGCCACUUUGUGAUCUAGUGUCAUGCUCUUGAUAUAGUUUUCUUCAAUUCAGUAAGUUUGUCAUCUUGUGUAAAUACUGUCAUCAUGUAUUGUCCUAUUUACUGUAUUGUACUGUGUGGAAGGAAUACUGUAUUUACCUGGCUAUAAGAAGAAAUUUUUCAAAUUCACCCCUAAAAAACCUGCAAUCUUUCAUUUGCAGGUGAAACUUUAGUACUUGACCUCAGCGGUUUUACAAUGUGUACUUAUUGCUGCUGAACACUAAAAAUUAAUACUUAUUUUGAUAUCAGAUAUCAAAUUUACAAGUAUUUUAUGUAAUUGGCAAACCAACAUUUGGAGAUCAUCAUGAUGAUGAUCUUUUUCAGAGUGACCACAACAUUUAGUUUGCUUUCAUUAUCAAAUCUGUAAGAAUUGUAAUUUAUACAGAAUGAUUAUGGAUCCUAGUCAUAGCAGUGACUUCGUUGAGAAAGGUAGAUCUAACAGUUGGCACCAAGCGAGGUGGUGCAGUGGUUAGACACUGGACUCGCAUUCGGGAGGACGACGGUUCAAUCCCGCGUCCGGCUAUCCUGAUUUAGGUUUUCCGUGAUUUCCCUAAAUCACUCCAGGCAAAUGCCGGGAUGGUUCCUCUGAAAGGGCACGGCCGACUUCCUUCCCCAUCCUUCCCUAAUCCGAUGAGACUGAUGACCACGCUGUCUGGUCUCCUUCCCCAAAACAACCAACCAACAGUUGGCAGUUUACAGGUGUAAUGCUAACUCAGUGUGAUGCUAACUUUAAUGUUCAUACCUGAUGCAGAGGCCACAAAAAAACUGUGUGGCAGUAAGGUGGGGUAUAACAUUAGAAUAUCUUCUUCUUUUUUGUGGCUUUUAUCCUGUAUUUUCACAGGAUCAGCACAUUAUUUUAUGAAUUUGGCAAUAUUAUUGAUAAAAGGUGUCUGGAUGUCCUUCCUGUUACCGACCCCCCCUCCCCCCGCCACCAAUCUUCUCAUGGGAUGGAAUUUGUGUCUCCCCAUACAUCUACGUGUAGUGUUAUCUAAGUGAUAACUGAGGCUGGAUAUGGAUUCUAACCUGGUAUUCACGUAGUUGAAUGUGAUGAACUGCUUAAAACCACAUCCAGGUGGGCUGGCACACUGGUCCUCGUUAAUCUGCUUGACAGAUUCAAUCAUGGGCUUGCUUGACAGAUUCAAUCAUGGGCUGGAGCACCUCCAUAAAUCCCAGAAGCUGCAUACUAAUGUACUUGGCUAUUUGGGCAGAUGCAUAAGAUUGGGAACAUAUCAUUAUAAUUUAGGCAACCAAUAAUUUUGAAGUGUUUAAAAUAACGUAAAUCUUUUUGGUGGAUCUUAAGGUACUUUACAUUAGUGAGACAAUUUGUAAUUUUGAUUAACGAGUAUUUCUUUAAGAUAAAAAAUAACUCCCAAGAAGCAUAUUAAAAUAAUGGGUCAUCUCAUAUUCAUGGUCUUCUAAUAGUUAGGUAAAUACAUUAUUUUUUUCUUGAUACUGCACAUUUUCUCUGUCUUGUUAUGAGUGGUUGUCUUAGUCGACAUUUUACUCUGGAAUAGUUGAGUUAAUGUACUGAAAAUGCAAAGUGUAUAUGUAUCUGUGAUGUUGGCAUUGUUAAUGCAUUUUUUGGCCUUGCACGUUUUUGUCACUGGCCUCAGUCUCAAAUCGUUCAAGUUUAUUGCUUGGACAGUAAUUUUGGAGUGACAGAAACACUCUUGAAUUUAAUCAUUGACACAGCAGACCUCAUAAAACUUUGAAAAUUUGCAUAAUAGGUACUUCCUCAUUUUUUUACUCUACCGUCUUUUGCAUCCUUAUGCAGAAAUAAGACUACAUUGGGUUGAAGUGGCAUUUAAAUUUUUUCUGUAUUGGUCUGGCUUUAUGAAAUUUUCUUUCAAUUUUGUCAUUGUAGAGACAAAAACAUGCUAUUUUCUUUUGUGCCAGCAGUUGAGAGGUACAUUGUUUGACCUCAGAAUUUUUGUUUUUGUAAGCAGAUGAUUACAAAUUGGUCAAAGCAAUUAUACUAUCUGAUGCUAGUGCAUAACUUCUGUAGUCAAGUGAGCUAUUGCUGUUAAUUGUCAAGUGCAUCCAAAAACAAACUUAUCCUAAAUGUUCUGUAAAUUGUGGACAUGUUUACAAAGUUAAACAUUUGGCUUGGUAAAUUUUUGUGCCUUAAACUUUUAUGUAAUGUUUUUAUUUAGACUGUUGUGGAUGGAGGUAGCUCUACUCUUGUAUAUUUCUUGAAAGAAUUCUGUUACACCAAAACUAUCAUGGUGUAAUAUCACAUACACCUACUUAUGGGAAGUGAGAGAGAUCUCUGUUUCAUUGUUUCAUAAAUAGGUCUUGUGUGAGUGUAUUCUGCGGAGGUGUUGUUGAGGUUUUAUAGAAGGCUAAUUCAAAAGUUUUUUUUUUUU